AUGUUGGGGUUAUUAGAGCGUCUUGCUCAGGGUGCAGCAGGUAUACUAGCGGGAUUACAAGCUGGGGUAGGGGCACAGGCCCCUGGUUAUCAGCAUCAGAUUCUAGUGGUUCCAGAGCCAGUGGUUCAGCCACCACAGGUUCCAGCACCGGUUGUAGGUGUACCGGCGGCCCUUGAGGUGGCCUUGGCAGAUGAUGACCAGGUCUGCUAUGAGCGGUUUCAGAAAAUGAAACCACCUCAGUUUCAUGGUGCUAAGACUGAUGAUGCUCACGAGUUUUUGACCUUGAGUCGAAAGAUGUUGGCGGCGGUACGCAUGUUAGAUGAGAGGGGCGUCCGAUUUGUGUCCCUUAAGUUACGCGGUGUCUCUAGGGAAUGGCUGAGGACCUUCAUGAGUUCGAGACCAGCGGGAUCUCCUCCCAUGGAGUGGAGUGAGUUUGCUAGUGCCUUCAAGGGUCGUUUCAUCCCUUGGAGUGUACAGGAGGAGAGUCGUAUGAGGUUUGAGAGUUUGGUGCAGGGUAGCAUGUCAGUCGCAGAUUAUGAGGCUUGGUUUUGUCGGUUGUCGAGACAUGCCUCUGCUUUGAUUUCAGGUGAGCCUGAGCGGAUUCGCAGAUUUGUCAGGGGUUUGACUCCCACUAUCCGUAGUUAUGUGUUUAGAUCAUCUCGAGAGGGUGCUUCCUUCCAGACUAUAGUGGGUGCAGCCAGAGAGGCUGAGUUGCUUGAGCGGGAUGAUUUUGGUGGGCCCAAGAGGGUCCGUACAGGUGGUCAGUAUUCGGGUACCUCGUCAGGAGGUAGGGGCCCACACAGGGGAGGCGGGUCCUUCCUGCGUCAGAGGCCAAUACAUGCUUCAUUACCAGCUAUCGAGGGUGGGCCAGCAGCUCGGGGUCCUCCAGGUUCGGGUCGAGGUGGUUAUAGUAUUACUUCGGGUUCUUCACAGUCAGGAUCCACACCGAGGUCUUGUUAUGGUUGCGGUGAUCCAGGCCACUUGAUUCAUCAGUGUCCACAUCAGACUCAGUCUGGACCACACUGUACUGUCUCCGCGGUCCCAGAGAGAGAUUCAGCACCUCCGGCUAGAGGUCGGGGUCGGGGACCGGCAUCUGGUAGAGGCGGACGAGCUUCGGGUAGAGGUGCUAGUGGCGCCUCAGGUUCACAGAGUGGGAGCAGAGGUGCCCAAUGUUAUGCUUUUCCUGGGAGGCUCGAGGCUGAGGCUUCUGAUGCAGUUAUCACAGGUAUCGUCUCAGUUUGUCAUCGGCCUGCUUCCGUGUUAUUUGAUCCUGGUUCUACAUUCUCAUAUGUGUCUACAUAUUUUGCUUUCGGCCUUGAGUUGACUUGUGAUCCUAUUCCGGGUAUUCCUAGAGUGGAGUGGAGAGGGACUAGUGGUUCGUAUCCCAACAGGGUCAUAUCUCAUAUUCGGGCUCGGAGGAUGAUUGACCGGGGUUGUUUAUCUUAUUUGGCCUUUAUUCGGGAUGUUGGAGCUGAGUCACCGGCCAUGGAGUCUAUUCCGGUGGUUCAGGAGUUCCCUGAUGUGUUUCCCGAGGAUCUACCUGGUGUUCCUCCUGUUCGUGAUAUUGACUUCUCUAUUGACUUGGAGCCGGGCACCAAGCCCAUAUCUAUUCCACCUUAUCGUAUGGCUCCAGCUGAGUUGAAAGAGUUGAAGGAUCAGAUUCAGGACUUAUUGAGUAAAGGUUUCAUACGCCCUAGUGUGUCGCCUUGGGGUGCACCGCUUCAGGGGGCAGCCUUGUUCUCUAAGAUCGACUUGAGAUCUGGGUAUCAUCAGUUGAGGAUUAAGCCUUCAGAUGUGGCGAAGACAGCUUUUCGCACAUGA